UUUGUAUUUUCGAAAUAUUUUGCCUAUCGCUUUCGCGAGGUCUUUUCAUUGUUUCCCUUUCUUGAGAGUGUAGGUUAUUAUUAUAUGCUGUCGGCCUUUAAUUAAAGUUUUGGGAUGCCAUUCGGGUUCUCUGAGACUCCCGCUCAGCUCUCCAAUCUAUAUAUAUAAAAAUGAAAUGGUGUAUAGUUGUAACGCUAAAACUCGAAAACGGGUGAACCAAAUGAAAUACUUCCUUUGGGGGAUUGGUUUGUUAUUACCACGCGCAGGUCAUGUCUUAAAAUCAGAACAAAAUAUUAAGGGGGCGUGGCACCUCCCAUACAAACUGAAUUUUUCAAAGUGAAUAUCUUCAAAAGUGUUUAAGGUAGGAACAUGAAAAUUGGUAUAGAGCUAUAGGUAACAACACCAUUCUCACCCAUAAAACUUGGCGUUAUCGAAAAAGGGGGCGUGGUACCUCCCAUACAAUCUUUAAUUAUUUUGGUUGUUAAUGCACCAUAUAUUUAUCUCAUUUUCCACCUAGCACGACAUUUUGGUUGUUUCUAGUUAUUUUUGUUUAUUUAUCGGUGACAGUAGCGGUUAUAUCGUGCUAUUUUUGGUUUAUGGAAAUGGCAGUUUUAUGAAACAAACACAAAUUAAAUUAAAUGUCAAUUUUGCUUUGCAAUCGAACACGCAAAAUUUAAAGGGCAAUAAAAAUGCGCCUUGCUUUAUUGAUUUAUUAAUAUAUGUAUUUUGUUUUAAAAAGUGAGUUAUUUAGUGAAAGUGAUUUAGCGUGUUGGCGAAUACCGAUUUAUGUACAUUGGAAUUUAUCAUUCAAUUGAUCUGCUUCCUUAGUUUAAUUCAUUCAUUUUUGGAGUUUUCAAAGGUAAGUUAUUGGUCCGUAAAACCUUAUAUGAACUUUAUGCAAAUGAAUGAUCAUUUCCAAUUAGAUAUUUGUUACGAUGCCAAGAAUCAGUACGUAUGGUAACACUUCUCGGAGUUCCCAGGCCGCAAGGAGAACACGAAAUACUUAGCAGAGCACGUCAAAGGGAAAAUGUUAUUGAGAGGGUAUCACCACGAAAUAGACUGCUGGAGAAUAGCACGCACCAGUUAGAAGAUGUCAACCAAACAUACAAUCAGCAAGAACGAUUGAGAAGAAGGGAAGUUCACAAUAGGCAACAACGAUCGAGAAGAAGGGAAGUUCGUGCUCGCCAAAGUGAUGAAGUAAGAUCACAACAUGCGAUUAUUCGACGACAACAGCGGCAACAUCUUUCUUUUGUGAACAUUGAACAGGCAGGUUUUCGAUAUGAUCCAAACAUUCAAUAUAGCGCAUCUGUUCAAAUCGGUGAGAUGUAAGUAGUUUGUCAAUAUUGCAAUGCAGUCAAAUUUAAAAAUGAACCGCCAGGGUUAUGUUGCGCCCGGGGAAAGGUUAAGUUGCCAGAAUUGCUUCCCCCACCACAGCCAUUGUUCCAGCUGCUUUACGGUGAAUCUCCUCACUCGAGCCAUUUCUUAAAGCACACUAAAAUGUACAACGAUUGAUUUCAAAUGACGUCGUUUGGCGGUGAAAUUGCAAACGAACAAAACUACAAUCCAACGUUUAAGGUUCACGGCAAAUUUUUGCCGCAUCCAGAUCAAGAACGCAAAUAUCUCCAAAUUUACUUUCUGGGAGAUUCACAUGAUGAAGUAAAUCGGCGUUGUGCUAUCUUCAAUACAACGAAAAGAGAAAUAAUCGAACAAUUGCAGCAAAUGUUACACGAACACAAUGGCCUCAUUAGACUGUUCACGAUUUCGUUGGAACGUAUGCCAACAGAUCAUCAUAGUAUAAUCAUACAAGCGGACAAAAGACCAAAAGGGACACUUGAAAAACAAUAUAAUGCACCUACAGUUAGCGAAAUAUCAGUUGUUGUUGUUGGAGAAAAUUUGCAGUCGCGUGAUAUUGUUAUCAAACGUAGAAAUCAUAACGCACUAAAACGGAUAAGUGAGACACAUCGGUCUUACGACUCAAUGCAAUAUCCGCUCAUGUUCUGCCGUGGAGAAGACGGAUAUCACUUAGGAUAUAAGAUGAUAAAUCCGGUGAAUGGUUAGUAAAAGAAAUUUUUCAAUCACCUAGCGAUCGCCACGACGUUACAGCACGCGUGUUUAAACAAAAACUCAGUUGUUUGAUGGACUUUAUUACGAAACAACGUGUAUAUGGCACUGUUCGAUGCUGGAUGUACUCAGUGGAGUGGCAGAAGAGAGGUUUGCCCCACGCACACAUUCUUCUUUGGAUGGUGGAGGGAAUUACACCUGACCAAAUUGAUGACAUCAUUUCCGCCGAAAUUCCUGAUGUUGAAAUAGAUCCAGAGUUGCACGAAGUGGUGAUGGCCAAUAUGGUUCAUGGGCCAUGCGGAGAACACGAUCCAUCUUCGGUUUGUAUGUCGGACAGUAAAUGCAAAAAACGCUAUCCCCGUUCCUUUAUUUCGGAAACUCAAACUGGAAACGGCGGAUAACCUCUCUAUCGGCGUCGCUCACCCGCUGACAAUGGCAGAACAUUCAUCACUCAAUUGAAAGGAAAGAAUUUCGUGGUUGAUAACACAUGGAUCGUUCCAUAUUCGCCAAUUUUGUCUAAGGCACUUAAAACACAUAUAAAUGUUGAGUAUUGCAGUUCAAUAAAAUCAAUUAAGUAUGUUUUCAAAUAUGUCACCAAAGGAAGCGAUAUGACGGUUAUUGGCGUUGAACGAGAUGAAAUUAGCAAAUUUCAAAUGGGCAGAUGUGUGAACUGCAAUGAAGCAAUCUGGAGAAUGUUUUCAUUUGCAAUUCAUGAACGCCAUCCUACUGUUGUGCAUCUGGCAGCUCAUUUGGAGAAUGGCCAGCGAGUUUAUUUCAACGCAGAGAACAUAGUACAGCGAACGG